AUGCCGCUGGGCUGGAAGCCCGGGCUGCUGCUGCUGUUUCUGGGGCCGCUGUGUCCCUGCUCCCCGGGCGCCCUAGCGGAACCCGCGCCAGCUGCGGACGUCGUGGUGCUGGUUUUCUCCACCGAGCGGCCAGUGCAUCUGGUGAGUCCCGCGUUCCUGUCCUUCACCAUCGACGCCAAUCUGGCCACGGACCCGCGGUUCCUCACCUUCCUGGGUUCUUCAAAGCUUCGUACUUUAGCCAGAGGUUUGUCUCCCGCAUACCUGAGAUUUGGUGGCACGAAGACGGACUUUCUCAUUUUUGAUCCCAAGAAGGAACCAACCUUUGAAGAGAGAAGUUACUGGCAAUCUCAAGUCAACCAGGAUAUUUGCGAAUCUGGAUCCGUCCCUUCUGAUGUGGAGAGGAGGUUGAAGUUGGAAUGGCCCUUCCAGGAGCAGUUGCUACUCAGAGAACAGUAUCAGAAAAAGUUCAAGAACAGUACCUACUCAAGAAGCUCAGUGGAUAUGCUGUAUACUUUUGCCAGUUGCUCAGGACUGGACCUGAUCUUUGGUCUAAAUGCAUUACUACGAACUGCAGAUUUGCACUGGAACAGUUCCAAUGCUCAGUUACUCCUGGACUACUGCUCUUCCAAGAGUUAUAACAUUUCUUGGGAACUAGGCAAUGAACCUAACAGUUUCCGGAAGAAGGCUGGUAUUUUCAUCGAUGGAUUGCAGUUAGGAAAAGAUUUUAUGGAGUUGCAUAAACUUCUAGGAAAAUCUGCUUUCAAAAAUGCAAAACUCUAUGGUCCUGAUGUUGGCCAGCCUCGAGGAAAGACUGUUAAGAUGCUAAAGAGUUUCCUGAAGGCUGGGGGAGAAGUGAUUGAUUCAGUUACAUGGCAUCACUACUACUUGAAUGGGCGAAUUGCUACCAAAGAAGAUUUUCUAAACCCUGAUGUAUUGGACACUUUUAUUUCAUCUGUGCAAAAAAUUUUCCAGGCUGUUGAGGAGACCAGACCCCACAAGAAGGUUUGGUUAGGAGAGACCAGCUCUGCGUAUGGGGGUGGAGCGCCCUUGCUGUCCAACACCUUUGCUGCUGGCUUUAUGUGGCUGGAUAAAUUGGGCCUGUCGGCCAGAAUGGGCAUAGAAGUGGUGAUGAGGCAAGUGUUCUUCGGAGCUGGAAACUACCACUUAGUGGAUGAAAAUUUUGAACCUUUGCCUGAUUAUUGGCUCUCUCUUCUGUUCAAGAAACUGGUGGGCACCAAUGUGUUAAUGGCAAGUGUGAAAGGUCCAGACAGAAACAAACUUCGAGUAUAUCUUCAUUGCACAAACAUCAACCACCCAAGGUAUAAAGAAGGAGAUUUAACUCUGUAUGCCUUAAACCUCCAUAAUGUCACCAAGCGCUUGCAGUUACCACAUCACUUAUUUGACAAGCAAGUGGACAAAUACCUCAUAAAACCUUCAGGACCCAAUGGCUUAUUUUCCAAAUCCGUCCAGCUUAAUGGUCAAACUCUGAAGAUGGUGGAUGACCAAACCCUGCCAGCUUUGACGGAAAAAACUCUCCGCCCAGGAAGUUCACUGGGCCUGCCAGCUCUCUCAUAUGGAUUUUUUGUGAUAAGAAAUGCCAAAGUUGCUGCUUGCAUCUGAAAAUGAAAGACAUAUACUAGCCCAGAGACUGAAUUUUUCAAGUGCAUUGAUAAGAGGAAAGAAAAACUCAGGCUGUAGGAAGGCGAGCAGAUGCAUUACAGAUCAACUGGUGACUGCUUUAGGGCCACUAGGACACUCCACUCUCAGUGCUAGAUUAGCACAGUAUUUUGUUCGAAGUAGACCACUGUUAAUAGUAAUACCUAG